CCCCUGCAGGACGCCCGCUCCACACUAGAACCACACAAAGUACUUCUGCAGGUCCACAGAGAACACUUCACCUGCUUCAGCCCAUCUCCACCGCCGGAGACGUCCCCCGAGAACCGACCGGAGCCGCAGGAACCAGGCACCUCAGGCUGGACCAGAACCAGAACCCGGAGCAGGAACCAGGCCAGAGCCAGCACGGGACCAGUGAGCCAGUCAGAGCGGACCAGAGCAGGCCAGGACGGAGCAGAAGAGCCCAGCAGAGAUCAGUCAAGGCCAGUGGAAAAGUUUGAUGGGACUGCUGACGAUAGCCACAUGCCUCUGAGUCCGGCUGCUGACACCAAACAUGAUCGCCCGCGGCAACAGGCGGUUACUAACGGCAACCCGACAGGCUCUGCUGUUGCCAGGGACGACGACGCGGACGACACGCCCCCCGGAAACAACAUCGUCGUCCGCAUCGGCAUCCCGGACCUGCAGCAGACGAAGUGUUUGCGGUUGGACCCAGAGUUACCAGUUUGGACCAGUAAGCAGAGGGUUCUGGUGACGUUGACUCAGUCUCUGUCGGAUGUUUUGAACUAUGGUCUCUUCCAGCCGGCGUUCAACGGCCGAGCCGGAAAGUUUCUGGAUGAGGAGCGGCUGCUGAAGGAGUAUCCCCUCCCCCCCAUCACUCCCAUCCCCUACCUGGAGUUUCGUUAUAAGAGGAGAGUUUACACGCAGAGCUACGUGGACGACAAGCAGCUGGCGAAGCUGCACACGAAGGCCAACCUGAAGCGCUUUAUGGAACAUGUGCACCAGAAGAACGUGGAGAAGGUGUCCAAAUGGCUGGAGAAAGGCCUGGACCCCAACUUCCACGACUCCGACAGCGGAGAGUGUCCUCUGACUCUGGCUGUGCAGCUGGAGGAAAGCUGUGAGCUCAUCAAGGUGCUUCGCAGUGGAGGAGCUCACCUGGACUUCCGGACCCGGGACGGCAUCACGGCGCUGCACCGGGCCGUGCUCUGCAGGAACAGCGCCGCCCUCACGACGCUGCUGGACCUCGGAGCAUCUCCGGACUACAAGGACAGCAGAGGCCUGACGCCGCUGUAUCACUCCGCCAUGGUGGGCGGCGCCCCCUACUGCUGCGAGCUGCUGCUGCAGGAUCACGCCACCAUCGGGAUGACUGAUGAGAACGGGUGGCAGGAAAUCCACCAGGCCUGUCGCUAUGGUAACGUGCAGCACUUGGAGCACCUGCUGUUCUACGGCGCUGACAUGAGUUCCCAGAAUGCAUCGGGAAACACCGCACUGCACCUCUGCGCUCUGUACAACCAGGACAGCUGCGCCAGAGUGCUGCUGUUCAGAGGAGCCAACAAGGACAUCAAGAACUACAACAACCAGACAGCUUUUCAGGUGGCGAUCAUCGCUGGGAACUUUGAUUUGGCAGAAAUCAUCAAGAUCCACAAAACUUCUGACGUUGUAGUUCCCUUCAGAGAAACUCCGUCCUACACGAAGCGCCGCCGAGUCGGCGUUACCAGGACGACCGCAGGGAACGGCCUGUCGUCUCCUCGCUCCCUGAUUCGCUCAGCCAGCGACAACGCUCUGGAAAGCCCCGCCUCCUCGCCAGGCCCCUCCCUCCAAAGCCUAGAGACGCACCACGACACGCACACACACUCGCUGCGACGACACACACGCCGCCUCAGCCCAAGCGGUGGUCAUGUGGAGACCAGCCCUCCAGCUUCGCCUCCACUCACCCCCCAGAUGAGGAAGAGGAGGCUGUACAGCGCCGUGCCGGGUCGAACCUUCAUCGCCACCCGGUCCCACGUCCCCCAGGGCCAGGGAGAGAUCCAGCUGCACCGAGGAGAGCGGGUCAAAGUCCUGUCCAUCGGUGAAGGAGGGUUCUGGGAGGGCAGCGUCAAAGGCAGAACCGGCUGGUUUCCCGCCGACUGCGUGGAAGAAGUCCAGAUGAGACAAUACGACCCGAGACUGGAGACGAGGGAGGAUCGCACCAAGAGACUGUUCAGACAUUACACUGUAGGAUCCUACGACAACUACACCUCCUACAGCGACUACGUGAUCGAGGAGAAGACGGCGGUGCUGCAGAAGAGGGAGAGCGAAGGAUUUGGCUUCGUCCUCAGAGGAGCUAAAGCCGAGACGCCCAUCGAGGAGUUCGCUCCGACGCCGGCGUUUCCCGCCCUUCAGUACCUGGAGUCGGUGGACCAGGGGGGCGUGGCCUGGAGGGCGGGGCUUCGGACCGGAGACUUCCUCAUUGAGGUAAACGGCACCGACGUGGUGAAGGUGGGUCACCGGCAGGUCGUCUCUCUGAUCCGACAGGGAGGAAGUCGCCUGCUGAUGAAGGUCGUGUCGGUUUCCAGGAAAUCUGAGACCAACCUGAUCAGGAAAAAAGCUCCGCCCCCUCCCAAACGAGCCCCCAGCACCUCGCUGACGCUGCGGUCCAAGUCGAUGACGGCCGACCUGGAGGAGAUUGAGAAACUGGACGAGAUGUUGGCUGGAGGUCAACAGGAAGUCGUGCUGAGAGGUCGUCCGACAGACGACUUCAGGGCUGCGACGGUCAAACAGCGACCGACAAGUCGACGGAUCACACAGGCCGAGAUUAACUCGCUGUUUGAGCGUCAGGGUCUCGUGCCACCUUCAGCUCCAGAGAAAAGCACCAUGGCUUUGCCCAGAGGAAUGUCCAGGACCAAGAGUUUUGGUACACCGGAGGACGACAGGAUCUCGGCUCUGAUCAACGAAAGCCGGUUUCCACGGAGCUCCUCACUUACUGACAGCUUCAUCCCGCCCCCUCCUCAGACGGCCCCGCCCCCUCCUCCCUCUGCCUCCUCCACCUCCUCGCUCUUCAUCCUCGACUCCGGCCCCCCACCCUCCUUCCUCCCCCCUCCCCCUCCGGCUCGAGGGGAGGGGCUAACCCGCUCCAGCUUCAAGCCGGGCGCCGAGCCGAGGCUGCAGGAGCUCUCUGACUCACCGACGAGGAGCCACGCCCACGCCGAGCGCCAGAGGAAGGCGAGGUCGAUGAUCAUCCUGCAGGAUACACCGCCGCCACUGCAGCCCGACGUGCAUGCCACCGCCACCACGCACACGCUGCACACGGCAACGCACACCGCCACGCACACGCUUCACACGGCAACGCACACCUCCACGCUGUCGCUCCACAGCACCAGCCCCGCCCUCGGACACUCGCCGCUGUCACGCCGCCGGGGACGGCCAAUAGAAAACCCAUACGCUAACGUGGGACAGCAGGCUGCGCCCUCCAAACCCCAGAGGAGGAAGUCUCCUUUGUUGAAACAGCUUCCUGUUGAGGAGCAGGGUCUUGGGAUCAAAGAUCACGAUCCCACCAAGUUAGAUGUAGGCGGACCCAGCAGCCCCAGUAGGGCGGAGCUGUACCAGCAGCAGGUCCUUUCUGAGCGCGCUCGGGUUCAGGGCCGCCGGUCAUCUCUCUUCCUGUCUGUGGAGGGGGCGGGGUCAGAAAAUCAGGUGCCGCCUCUCCUGACUCAGAGCCAUUCCAUGGACGACCUCGGCGAGCUUCCUCCUCCAGCUCCGGUUUUGUCACCUUCACCGACGCCUCACACCUUCCUCCACCCGCUGACGGGGAAACCUCUAGACCCGUCCUCUCCACUUGCCCUGGCUCUUGCUGCAAGAGAACGAGCGCUCACCGCCCGAACACCGAGCCCCGAGCCUCGAACCAAACACGCCUCUGCCUCCACCACGCCUAUCCCCACCCCGGCUGCCAGUCCUGAGGGCAGACACAAGCGCACUCCUAUCACCACCCCACAGAGCAGCCCUGAACCACGAUCCAAGCGCACCACUCCUCAGACAAGCCCAGAGCAGCGAACGAAGCGCACUACUCCCCAGACUAGUCCUGAACUGAGGCAUAAACGCAUAACCCCACCCCUGUUCCCUGAUGGACAGGUGGAACGCCCAGAAACGGAGGGAGGAGUGACAUCACCUGCAGGCCCCUCCCCUGAGCGCUGGAGACCCUCCCCCUUGCCAGCGCUGGCCAAUGAGACCCAUGCUGCUCUGCUUGACAGGCGCAGAAGCCUUACAGUGGGCAGCUCAGAGGAGGAAGGCGGGGCUUAUACAGUGACACUCCCACCAGCCUUGCUGUCAUCCAGCGAUGAGGAAACUAGGGAGGAGCUGCGCAGAAUUGGUCUGGUGACUCCUCCCCCUGCCUUUUCCACUUCCCCUGCACCCCCACCCCCAUCCUCCCUAACCCUGAUGCCAAGGCGAGGUGGGGAGGGAGGGGGAGGAGAGAGUGGUCCUGACUCCCUGGGGAGGCGAGGAGAUGAGGAGGAAGGAGGUGACGAACGGCUCCUUGACAGCUCCUCCUCCCCUAGUUCGCUCCCUCCCUCCAUCACCCUGGCUUCCCCUCCUGCUCCAUCCUCCCCCUCCUCCCCACCUGCUACUCACCCAUCUCCAUCAUCUGCUGCCACUUCCCCAUCAGCCCUAAAGCCCCGCCUUCGCUCGCCCAUCGGUCGGGGCCGUUCUGCACUCCGGGACCCGUUACUGAAGCAAUCAUCAGACAGCGAGCUGCUCCCCCAUGCUGCAUCCUCGUCUUCCCCCUCUUCCCCACUCUGCUCCUCCCCCACCAGUGGCGGUGGCCGGCAGCCACGCUAUCUGUUCCAGAGGAGGUCCAAGUUGUGGGGGGGUGGAGACGAGGAGCGGCGGGGCCUCAGCCCAGAGGAAGGGGGCCGUCCAGCGGCACUGGGAGGGCAGGGGUCAGGGUCAGCUGUGGACCUGACCAGCCGGUCAGCGUCUGCACUGGAGCUGAGCGGCAGGGCAGGCUCUGGACUGGAUCUGGCUAAUCGGCUACAGCUGCUCAACAAAGACAGUCACUCUCUGGGGGAGGAGCCAAGUCCCCUUGACCCAGGACGAAGGUCACCAGUAGGAGGUGCCAGAUGUGUGGACAGUGGAGAGAGUAAAUCGUUGUUCUCCAGUCUCGGUGAACUCCACACCAUCUCCCAGCGAGGAUACGGCGCCAGCUAUACAGUCCGCCCAGGAAGUCGCUACCCCAUCACCCGCCGGAGCCCCUCCCCUUCUCCCUCACCCUCUGAUAGGUCAAUGGGGCUCCCCUCCACCACUGCCCCCUGCUCCGAAAGGCCCGAUCUUAGCUCGGGCCGCGGCCUAACUAUCCUGAAAUCGUCCAGUCUCAGCCUCCCCUCAGAACCAAAGGAGGUUCGGUUUGUGAUGCGAAGCGCCAGUGCACGAACCAGAUCCCGUUCGCCUUCGCCUUCACCCCACGCCUCUCCCUGCCCCUCCCCGGUCCUCAGCGGGCCCCUGUUGGCCCUUCGGCCGUGGAGGCAGCGGCCCCUCAACCUGUGGAAUAAGUAUGAUGUGGGUGACUGGCUGGAGAGCGUGGGUUUGGCCGAACACCGCCAGCGCUUCCAAGAGCACGAGAUCGAAGGCUCCCAUCUCCCCGCCCUCACCAAGGAGGACUACGUGGAGCUGGGCGUCACCAGAUUGGGACACCGAAUCAACAUCGAGAGGGCACUCAGACAACUGCUGGAAGGUUCCACUUGACCCCUCACCUCCGACUCACCUCUAGACAUCCUGAACUGUGACCUCACAACCCCUGACCUCGGGUCAGACACUAGGCCAUCUCUUUGACUAGAAUAUCUUAGCAGUGACUGAAUCUUUAGACCUUUUUACCAACGCCUGGCUCUCUGAGUGAUCUCAGACAUUUUGGCUGAUCAGCUCUUUGAUCAACGCAAAAGAACUGGAACCUGUCCGUCCAGUAUUUAGCUUUUGUGUAGUUGUACGUCUCAAACAUUCAGUUUGACACCUCUUAAGGUCUGCGUGCCUAUUAAAUACCCUCAACCACAGCCAGCAAUUCUCCUUUAGAAAAUAGAAAAGCAAUCUACGCAAUACAACUACAAAAAUUUAAUUUGAACAAAUUUACCCUUACACUGGCCAAACACUAUGUUUUAAUCAUUCAUGUGCUUUGUGUAAACUCAUUUCAAACAUUUCUAGUCACUUUUUAAUUAAAUUCGUCACACGGAAAACGUUUGACCUUUUUUAG